UUCUCGGAAGAGAAAAUGGAGACAAUUUUGGAGCAGCAGCGGCGCUAUCAUGAGGAGAAGGAACGUCUUAUGGACGUCAUGGCCAAAGAGAUGCUCACAAAGAAGUCCACACUCCAGGACCAGAUCAAUUCUGACCACCGCACUCGAGCCAUGCAAGAUAGGUAUAUGGAGGUCAGUGGGAACCUGAGGGAUUUGUAUGACGAUAAGGAUGGGUUACGAAAGGAGGAGCUUAAUGCUAUUUCUGGACCCAAUGAGUUUGCUGAAUUCUAUAAUAGACUCAAGCAAAUAAAGGAAUUCCACAGGAAGCACCCAAAUGAGAUCUGUGUGCCAAUGUCAGUGGAAUUUGAGGAGCUCCUGAAGGCUCGAGAGAAUCCAAGUGAAGAGGCGCAAAACUUGGUGGAGUUCACGGAUGAAGAGGGAUAUGGUCGUUACCUUGAUCUCCAUGACUGUUACCUCAAGUACAUUAACCUGAAGGCAUCUGAGAAGCUAGAUUAUAUCACAUACCUGUCCAUCUUCGAUCAGUUAUUUGACAUUCCUAAAGAAAGGAAGAAUGCAGAGUAUAAAAGAUACCUAGAGAUGCUGCUUGAGUACCUUCAGGAUUACACAGAUAGAGUGAAGCCUCAAGAUCAGAAUGAACUUUUUGGGAAGAUUCAGACUGAGUUUGAGAAGAAGUGGGACAAUGGUACCUUCCCUGGAUGGCCGAAAGAGACAAGCAGUGCCCUGACUCAUGCUGGAGCCCAUCUUGACCCUUCUGCAUUCUCCUCUUGGGAGGAGUUGGCCUCCCUGGGUCUGGACAGAUUGAAAUCUGCACUCUUAGCUUUAGGCCUGAAAUGUGGCGGGACUCUAGAAGAGCGAGCCCAGAGACUCUUCAGCACCAAAGGAAAGUCCCUGGAGUCACUUGACACUUCUCUGUUCGCCAAAAUUCCUAAAUCAAAGGGCACCAAGCGAGACACCGAGAGGAACAAAGACAUUGCUUUUCUAGAAGCCCAGAUCUAUGAAUAUGUAGAGAUUCUUGGGGAACAGCGACAUCUUACACAUGAAAAUGUACAACGCAAGCAAGCAAGGACAGGAGAAGAGCGAGAAGAGGAGGAGGAAGAGCAGAUGAGUGAGAGUGAAAGUGAAGAUGAAGAGAAUGAGAUCAUUUACAACCCCAAAAACCUGCCCCUUGGCUGGGAUGGCAAACCCAUUCCCUACUGGCUGUAUAAGCUUCAUGGCCUAAACAUCAACUACAACUGUGAAAUCUGUGGAAACUACACCUACCGAGGACCCAAGGCCUUCCAACAGCACUUUGCUGAAUGGCGUCAUGCUCAUGGCAUGAGAUGUUUGGGCAUCCCAAACACUGCCCACUUUGCUAAUGUGACACAGAUUGAAGAUGCUGUCUCCUUGUGAGCCAAGCUGAAACUGCAGAAGGCUUCAGAGCGAUGGCAGCCCGACACUGAGGAAGAAUAUGAAGACUCCAGUGGGAAUGUUGUGAAUAAGAAGACGUAUGAGGAUCUGAAAAGAUAAGGACUGCUCUAG